AUGGCCAUGGGGGAUAAUGUUGCUGUGGAGGUAGGGCAGGCUGCGCACUUUCGGGUUUUACGUGAUCAUGUGGGGUCGCUUCUUCCUUGUGAAACACUGCUGUAUAGGCACCCCAUUCCCAAAACCGAUACGGUCGAACUUCUUUCGAUUGACGACCAUGUCACGCUUCAGAAGCUGCCCCUUGCAAAAAUUUCGACCAAGCCUGAAUUGCUGGACACGGCCAUCAUGAAUGGUGCCACGGUUGCUUAUAAGCACACCGGCCUUGUGUUGAAUGAUCGCAAGAAGCGCAGGAACCUGCUUCGUGGCACCGUUUUAGGGGCCGAGUUGGACGGCAUUGCAGGGCUUGUGGGCCCACCGCGGGACCGCGUGCUGAGCUUAGCCUUGCUUAGCGUUGUGCUCGCAAAAAGAGGGCAUGCCACUCGUGAGCUGCUUGAUCGGAUCGUCGGGUGUUGGAUUCAUGCCUUGACCUUUCGACGGCCCGUCUUCUCUGUCGUUGACCAGUUGUUUCGUGAGGGCUUGGAGUUCCCCCGGAAUCAGGCUUUCAGGUUGUCGAGCAUGGCCCGCAACGAGCUGCAGAUGCCAGGCUGCUUGUGUAGCACUUUGGUUUGCGACCUUCGGGCGACCUACGACCCCAACCUGUAUUGCCUUGAUGCCUCACCGUAUGCUGGUGCUAUUUGCGCCACCUCUAUCGGUUGCGAGGGUAUUUCAGAGCUCCGGGGCUACCACACCAGGCUUGAAAGCACCGUGUCUGCACUUCUGACGGAGAAAGGCAUCGCACAUGAGGGUGACAAACUUUUCGGUGAUGUUGCCUCAACGCCUGAAGAGUUUCAACAUCAAGCUCGAUGGGACCCGCUCGUUCCUAGACCUUUGCGGGAGGGCUUGCUGUUUGACGCGCCUUGGUCUGGUGAUGACGGCUGCUGUGCGCUACGGUCAGUUUGUGUCAGUCGAGCAACCGCGGGGCAGUCUCGCCUGGUCCUUGCCAUGCUUUUUGGCACCCUGGUGCAGUUGGGCUGCGUUCUGACUUCGUUCUGCUACUGUGGCUUCGGCAGCCCCUUCUUGCGGAGCACCGACCUCCUGCACAACAAACCUUGGCUGUGCGCCUUAGCUCGGCCCUGUGACUGCAAGGGCGCUUCUCACUGGCCCUGUGAGGGUUCUUUCGACGAAGGUUCCUUGGAGCAGUUCAGGCUCCGCUGCUGCGGCCCGCGGCUAUGUGCCGGCGAUGCCGCCGAGGGUUGUUUGGGUUAUGUUCUAGGCUCCGGGAUUUACUCUAGUCUCCUGCACACGUACUCGGGCGACAACGAACCUCGCUGGCUGCAGCGGCUUCGUGACGGCGAGACUCGAGACUUCGCGCCCCGAGGACCAUUGGACUUGCAGGCCGGUUUUGCCGUGAGCACCGCGCAGAAGAUGGAGAAGAGCUUCAAGGGCUUCAAGACCUGGCUCCUUGAGGAAGUCGGCAGUUUGCCGGAGUCGGUGUUCGCUUCAGCAGAAAGUACGGCCAUGGCCCUGAGGGGGUUCGUCCUACACCUCUACCAGACUGGGCUGCCACGCUACCUGUUUGUCUACGCCAUCACGGCCGUCCAGGAUGCUUUCCCGCAGCAUCGGAACUUUCUGACGGCGGCUUGGCAGAUCGACAAGAAGUGGCAACGCGCUGAGCCCGGCGAGUGCAGGCCUGUCCUGCCCGUCGCGGCCGUGCGCGCGGCGCUGAGCGUGGCGCUUUUGUGGGAUUGGCACCGCUGGGCCGCUUUGGUUAUCAUUGGCUUUUUGGCUAUGCUUCAUCCUGGCGAACUGGUGCUCUUGACACGUCGCGACCUGGUUUUUCCUGAAGACACCUUGGGCCACACGAGCAGUUUGUUUGUGCACUUAAGAAACCCUAAGACCAGCAGGUUUGCUCGCAGGCAGCACGGCCGCAUCGAUGAUGCGUCUGCGAUCGCUUUCCUUUACUCUGUGGUGAGGCAUCUGAGUUUGGACGAUCGCAUCUACCCUGCUUCAAUGCACAGCUUCCGUCGGCAAUGGGACGCUGUUUUGGGCAGGCUGGGGCUGCCAGUGCGAGCUGCAGAUCGGGGCGCGACGCCCGGAGUCCUUCGCGGCUCGGGCGCCACUUACUUCUACAUGUGCACGGAGAACAUUCCGCUUUUGGCCUGGCGAGGAAGAUGGGCACGCGUCAAGACUUUGGAGUAUAUAUUGCAAGAAGUCGCAGCUCAGAUGCUGCUCUCCGAGCUUGAGCCGGCUUGCCGUGCCAGGAUCAAGCUCCUUGACAAGGCUGUGGACAGCUUGCUUUUGUACUUCAUGGGUGCUUCGCAGUAUUGA